UUCCUUAUGCAAGGCCUAUGAAGCAACAGCUCGUCGAGCAAAGCAUAUGGCCUCGGGUGAAACGGUAAAUGCAAUGAAGACAAAGUCGACAUCAGGUCGCAAACAAGGCAACCAAGGUACUGAAAAACAAAAAUGCCUCAACUGUGGACGCUUUCACAAGAAAGGACGCAAUAACUGUCCAGCUACAGAGCAAGAGUGUUGGGCAUGUGGCAGAGCAGGUCACUAUGAACAUAUGUGUCGCUCCAGUACCAAGCAAGAGGGCAGAGACAAACACAAGAAGAAGACAGAGACAAGAGUACGUCAGUUUGAAGAUGAGGACACUGAUGACGAUGAGUAUGAGAGGUUCAUGAUGAUUACUUCGACCCCAAGUGAUGAAGAGGUCAAUACACUGAAAGGGGAAGUUUGUUUUAAACAACAAAUUCAUGCAUCGAUGCUAGUCAAUGGACAACCUGUCAAGUUCCAACUAGACACUGGAGCCAGGUGCAAUGUCCUUUGGAAAUUGGAUGUACCAGCAGGUAUUCGAGUUGAAGCCACCUUUCAAAGGCUAACUUUAUUUAAUUAGGAAGUUAUGAGUCCGUGUGGCAAAUGUAUGGUCGAGUUGAUUAACCUAAGGAAUCACAAGAAGUACAGGGGUGAAUUUAUUGUUGUCACCAAUGCUCCAUCAUCUACGUAUAU